CGCUGAGACAGUGAACGGAGCUACCCCUUCGUUAAGACCAGAUAAGACACGCAACCCAUCGGCGAGCUUCACCAACGCCACUUUUCUUCUCUGCUAUUGCCAAUUCUAUUCCUCCUGUCCUCAGUGGGCUUUAUUGUCCCAUAUUUGCAAUCGAGUUGCCUGGUGCACCUCGCAACCUACACCUCUAACACAAGUCGUAUAGCACCGACCGGGCCUACCUGAUAAAAGAAGCACGGUCCACAGUUAGUCACACCGUCUCUGGGUGUUUUUUUGGUAGUCUCAACGGUGGUAGUUGAGGCCUUUGAAGAAUUCUUAGUCGUGCAGCUGGGCUUCCAGAGCUAGUCAGCUCCGAUAUACGUUCGCAAUCAUGGUUAACCUGAACAUGAAUUUGUUCCGCGCCUUGGGCGACUUCUCCCACCUCGGGUCUAAAUGCGUCCUAAUAUGGGCUAUACAUCGUAACCAGAGUGCCGAGGGUGUAUCGCUCCUUACACAAAUGCUUUACGCUAUGGUCUUCGUCACGCGUUACCUUGACCUCUUUCGGAAAGAAGCUUGGGAUUCGUUCUACCUCGUCUUCUUCAAGUUAUUCUAUACCAUCUCAUCGUUCUAUGUCAUCUAUAUAAUGAUGAAGGUCUUCCCGCGCACGCGGGAGAAGGAGAGAGCAUGGAAAUUGGCAUUGAUUUCUGUUGGGCUGUCGCUUGUACUGGCCCCAAUCUCACUUGGCAUAUUCAAGGGCUAUGGAUCUGGCCGGUGGUUCAGUGAGACAUGCUGGGCUUUCUCGAUCAUCCUCGAAUCCGUCUGCGUUCUCCCACAGUUAUUGCUCUUGCGCCAGACCACCGUCCCAACUGUCAUCGACUCAUAUUACCUACUGAUGCUGGGGUCAUAUCGAGCUUUCUACAUUCUAAACUGGCUCGUGCGCGGGUUCGGCGCCGAGCAUCACUGGGAGCCAAUUGCCGACAUAUUCGGCCUCGUUCAGACUGCUUUCUACAUCGACUUUGCCUGGGUCUACUACUCCCGUCAGCGCGUGAAGCUUCGUAACGGAGGCGUGGUUGACUCGGACGAUUUCCGCCAUAGUUGGCUCGUGAGCAGGGUGCUCAAUCUGGUCAAUUUCAGGCAACGCAGGGUGGCGGAUGAGGAGCAGAGUCUGAACGAUGAUGAUUUUGAAGAAGAGAGGGUCAACGGGGAAAGACCAAAGAACAACCGGUGGGGCGCAAGAGGGAUCUCGGUCUCCGCUGAUGACACCCUGGAGGAUCGGCGGCCCGAUGCUCACGGUUCGAGUCUUGAGAACGACUUAGAAGGGUUCUCGGAAGAUGAGGAAGAUGACGUCCCAUCAUACCAGGCAAACAAGGUCUCUUCUUUUGGGGCCGCCGGCAAUCGGGAUUGAGCUGUUUGAUCAUUGGGCCAUAUAUAGAAUUCUUGGGUGUAAAUUUGGGCCUCUAGCUACUGUUUCUCAGGCGUAAAUUCCGCUCACUGGGUUUUAUUGCGAAUCAUCAUAUUUCCAUAGCUACAUGACCAACUUUACUG